CUCUACUGUGUGGCUCCUUGCUCUGGCCUUAACGAGCAUUAGCUACUUAAAUAAUAGACAACAACAGUGAAUUCCACGAGGGGAAUCGGGAUACAAACACGGACAUGGAUUUAUUCCCGCCACAUUAUACGAAUGGAUUAUAAACGCACAGGAUUCCGAGAAUGAAGAUGCCUGAGGCUGGGAGGUAGAGCCCCCCACCAGAGAGAGCUUGUUCCAGGGCUGGGGCUGGACCCAGAGACCCCUGCCUGGGGGUUGCAGGGCCCUACAGCCCUGUGUGAGUCUGGACUAUGGGGGAUGGAGGAGUCUGUGCAACUGGAGGAGAUGGGGUGAACAAGUCCCAUGUCCUGUUCGACAAGUUUGUCCAGGGGACCACGUUCAAGGGCACGCUCAAGGCCUUCCAGGACCUCUGUGACCAUCUGGAAGUCAGGCCUGGCGAGUACAGGAUCUUCUAUCACAAGCUCAAGUCCAAACUCAACUACUGGAAGGCCAAGGCUCUCUGGGUAAAGUUAGAUAAGCGGGCUUUUCAAAAGGAGUAUAAGAAAGGCCGUGCCUGUGCCAACUCAAAGUGUGUAAUCAUUGGUGCGGGGCCAUGUGGCUUACGUACAGCCAUCGAGCUGGCCUUCCUGGGGGCCAAAGUGGUGCUGCUAGAGAAGAGGGAUGCCUUCUCUCGGAACAAUGUGCUGCACCUCUGGCCCUUCACCAUCCAGGACCUCAGGGGCCUCGGGGCCAAGAAGUUCUAUGGAAAGUUCUGUGCUGGUGCUAUCGAUCAUAUCAGUAUUCGUCAGCUUCAGUUGAUUCUGCUCAAAGUGGCUCUCCUGCUGGGCAUUGAGAUCCAUGUCAACGUGGAAUUCAAGAGUCUCAUUGAGCCCCCAGAAGAUCAAGAAACUGAAAGGAUAGGCUGGAGGGCCGAGGUCCACCCCAGGACACACCCUGUCAACGAACUCGAGUUUGAUGUCAUCAUUGGAGCAGAUGGAAGGAGAAACACGCUGCCAGGGUUUCGGCGUAAGGAGUUCCGGGGCAAGCUGGCCAUUGCCAUCACUGCAAACUUCAUCAACAGGAACACCUCAGCGGAGGCAAAGGUCGAGGAGAUUAGCGGGGUGGCCUUUAUCUUCAACCAGAAGUUCUUUCAAGACCUCAGAGAAUCCACAGGUGUUGACCUGGAAAACAUUGUCUACUACAAGGAUGACACGCACUACUUUGUGAUGACUGCCAAAAAACGGAGCCUGAUGGAGAAAGGAGUCAUUCUGCAUGACUAUGCGGACACGGAGAGGCUGCUGUCCAGAGCUAACGUGGACCAGGCUGCCCUGCUGUCUUACGCCUGUGAGGCAGCCGACUUCUCAACCAACCACCUGCUGCCCACACUGGACUUUGCCAUCAACCACUACGGCCAGCCCGACGUAGCCAUGUUCGACUUCACCUGCAUGUACGCUUCAGAGAACGCCGCCAUGGUGCGCCAACGCAACGGCCACGCGCUGCUGACGGGGCUCGUGGGCGACAGCCUGUUGGAGCCCUUCUGGCCCAUGGGCACUGGUAUCGCCCGAGGAUUCCUGGCAGCCAUGGACUCCGGCUGGAUGGUGAAGAGCUGGGCUCAGGGAAAAACUCCACUUGAAGUUCUAGCUGAGAGGGAAAGUAUAUACCGUAUCCUGCCCCAAACCACGCCAGAAAACAUCAGUAAGAACUUCAGUCAUUACAGCGUGGAUCCAACCACACGUUACCCCAACAUUAGCCUUAACUUCCUCAAGCCAAGCCAGGUGAGGCACUUCUGCGACACAGGGGAGACCAGGGAAAUGUGCAUCGAAAUGGAGAAUGUGAUCAACUCGUCGACACCCAAGUUGGCCAGGAAUGACAAUUGUCUGCUUGACAAGCAGCUGCAAGAAUCCAUAGCUAGAUCCAGUAAGCUGCUGAACUGGUGCCAGAGACAAACGGAGGGAUACAGGAAUGUUAAUGUAACGGACCUUACGAUGUCUUGGAAGAGCGGUCUGGCUCUGUGCGCCCUCAUUGACAGAUACAGACCGGACCUCAUUGACUUUGUUUCCCUGGACGAGCGCGACCAGGAGAAGAACAACCAGUUGGGUUUCGACGUGGCGGAGAGGGAGUUCGGCAUCUCGCCCUGCAUGACUGGCAAAGAGAUGUCCUCUGUGGUGGAGCCAGACAAGCUCUCCAUGGUCAUGUAUCUCAGCCAGUUCUAUGAGAUGUUUAAGGACACAGUGCCACCCGGAGAUAACCACAACAUGAGUCCUGAGGAGAAGGCAGCCCUGAUAUCCAGCACCAAAUCCCCCAUCUCCUUCCUUAGCAAACUGGGUCAGAGCAUAGCAAUAUCCAGAAAACGAAAUCCCAAGGACAAAAAGGAGAAGGAUGUGGAUAGUUUGGGGAAGAGAAGGAAAACCAGCCAGUCUGAAGACGAGGAGGUAUCCAGGUCCGGUCGCAACGACAGGCCUUCAGUCCCAGCUGUCGUGAUAGAGAGAAAAAUGGAGUCCUGCGCUUCGGGGAACCACAACAAAGUCAAAGUCAUGGCGACCCAGCUGCUGGCCAAGUUUGAGGAGAACGCUCCACAGCCUUCAGGACUCAAACGACAGGGGGACUCUCUGCCCAAUCUGGACCAACUUUUGCCCACUAGCCCACCCCAAACCCCUGUGAAUGAGCCAGUGUGCCUGGUGCCUGUCCCAGCAUGGAGAAAGGCCAGAAGUGGUGCAGACCAAGUGUCCAGCUCGGGCUCUCGGAGCUGCCCAAAGAAAACCAUUCUGCUCCCUUCUUCCUCCUCCACUUCUUCGCUCUCUCUUCACUCAGAGCAUUUGCGCAAAAGCCCGGAAGAAGAGACGCUUGAAUACUACGAGAUGCCUCUGAAUUACGGGGAAGGGAAGCUGCCGCACCUGACUGAGCCAAAACCCAUUCACAUACCUGGUAUACAGGAGAGGGCUGACCGCCUAAUCUCCAGGUUUAAGGGCAAACCUGACAGACCACCAAAGCCUAAGACAAAGCCGUCCCGUUUCUUUAUAGAGCAGUGGCACUUGUCCAGCGGCGUGACUGACAGUCCUGGUUCACCACUUUCCUCUCCUGAAUCUCCCAGAAAGGAGCAAGCAAGGCCUCUGCACACAGAUGAUGAAAUGCCUUUAUAUGUGCUUAGUAUUCAGGAGAGGGCUAAGCAACUUGCCUCUCAGUUUGAGGACAAGCCAGCCCAACCAAAGGCUAAGAAAAAACCCUCCCGUUUUGUUAUGGAACAAUGGCACCUGGCUCGAUCUCAGUCUCCCCCUGGUUCUCCCCCCUCCACCUCUGACUCCCUGAGACAGCGCUAUGUAAGGUUGUACACAGGUGGAGUUAGCUCAUUGGCUGAUCAGAUAGCCAAUCAGCUUGAGUCUCAGGAAGAUCCUAAGCUCCUACCUGAAAAGAAGGAUUUGGGCUCUUUGAGAAAAGAGUUCCCCGUCAACAUCGGUGGCAGCGAUGUGUGCUUCUUCUGUCGAAAGCGUGUGUACGUGAUGGAGAGGCUGAGUGCAGAGGGGAAGUUCUUCCAUCGGAGCUGCUUCAAGUGCGAAUACUGCAACACAACACUACGACUGUCCUCCUACGCCUUCGAUGUGGAGGAUGGGAAAUUUUACUGCAAGCCCCACUUCUGUUACCGACUGUCUGGCUAUGCUCAGAGGAAGAGGCCCGCCCCCUCGCCUACUCCAAUCACUGCUAAGGAGAACCAGGCGCCCCAAACUCCUACAGCGACCGUGGAUGCCCCCGGGAGGGCGAUGGCAGCGGCGUCCCCCUCAGCCGAGCUCCAGCCCUCAGCCCCGGAGGUCAACGGUCUGCAGGAGCCCAGCCUAGCCAAGCGUCUGCGGGGAACCCCAGAGCGCAUCGAGCUGGAGAACUACCGGCUCUCCCUGCAGAAGGAGGAGGAGCUGGAGGAGGUGCCUGAGGAGACGCUGGCAGAACACAACCUCAGCAGCGUGCUGGACAAGCGCACGGACGCUGACGACCUGGGCUCCAGUAGCUCAGAGUCAGACAUGGAGGAGGAGGAGGAGGAGCAGGAGCAGGAGCAGGAAGAGCAGCAAGAGCAGGAGGAGGGGGAGCAGCAUCCUCUCAGCCCCUCAGACCUCGGCGGGGUUCCCUGGAAGGAGGCGGUGGAGCUCCACGCUAAACUGAGGGGCGAAGAGGGAGACGACGUGGGCGAGGCCCUCGAUGAUGCUGUCAGCAGAGACGGGGAAAUAGAUGAAGACGACGAAGACGAAGAGGAGGAGGAUGAUGAGGACGAAGAUGAGGAGGAGUCAAGCGAUGAGGGUGAUUACUGCCCCUGGGAUAAAGAGCUCACGUCUGGCCUUUGGCUGGAGAAGCACCUCACAGAGGAAGACGAUGUUGGUACAUUUAAAGCCAGGAGCAUACAGAUCCAACAAGUCCUGCAGCCUGUGGAUCCCACGGCCAUACCGGGCCUGGUGAGAACACACCUGGACUCUGAGGGAGACAAGGAGGCACAGCUGGCCUCCCAACUCUCCCACCCCUCUGAGCUCACGCAACCCUCCUCCACAGCCCCCGCCCACACAUCCGCCCGACGUGAGGCAGUGAGAGUCUGGUUGGAGUCCUUGUCUGGAGAGCCCUGUGAGGAUGAUGAUCUGGAGGCAGAAGCAGACAGUCCAGAUAUGGAGCCGGGGACAGAGAUGGAUCAGGAUGACAUCCCUUCAGAUGCAGAAGCUGAGGCUCGCUUGCAUCAGUCCGAGCGCGUUGACGUGUUUCCUGAGGAGGACAAGAGAUCAGAAAGUCAGAGAAUGCCCUCCAGUAUCGAAGUUUUCAGCGCCAGCCCUACACAAAAUAAAGAUGUUGUUCUUUCGCCGCUCAAACCUUCUCCAGAGCUUGAAUCAAAGAUAAGUCUGUUGAAGUCUCCUGGCACUCGCUUUUUCCCAGAUCCAUUCAUACCUGAGGAAAGGGAACCUGAAAGGACGACGCCAUCUUACUCUCCGACUGCACAGAGCCCACUGAGCCCUUCACCUGCUCCAGUCCAGGACCCUUCCUCUGUCCCUUCCCCAACUGCUGCUGCUUCCCCUGUCGGUGUCCCGGCCUCCUCCCCCCUGGGUUCACUCAUCAAAUCACCCAUCAGCUCUCUGGUCAAGCCAACAAUGGAGUCCCCCAUUAGAUCCCCUGUUAAGUCACCUGUUGUGUCCCCAAUCUGCUCUCAGCCCACCCCCCUUCCAGAGACUUGCACACCUAAAUCUCCUGUCUACCCUCAGCGCUCAAUUUGCCCUCUAACUGGGAACCCCCUCUCCCCAAUCUGCGCUCAGCCUUUGCCCUGCCAGGAGCCUUCGUCACCCCUCCUAUCAGACUCUCCCGUCAGAUCUCAGCCCAUCCCUGGAGUCACUUCUACACCCAUGACCAAAACAGACAAGGUCAUGCCUGAUCUCUCAAAGUGCGAAGACUCCUCCACAGAGGAAACGCCAUCCAAAAAGACAGACAUCAUUGAGGAGUUUUGGCAAAAGAGUGCCGAGAUCAGGAAGAGCCUCGGGUUGACACCUUUGGACCGCACAAGUAAAAUCUUAGAGAAGAGUGUUGUGAUAUAUCCAGCACUGGACUCCACCCCUGUCAAGGCUCUGGAUGUGCCCGAGGAACAGAAGCCCGCCUUUACUGGCCGAGCUGUCAUUCGCAGGCUGAACAUCACUCUGGAGGGCCAAGUCAUUACCCCCAUUUCCCCCAAGAGUAAUGGCUCCGAUAAGAGGGACCUGAGCAGCAGCUCUGGCUUAGGCUUGAAUGGGAGCAUGGCCACGAGCCAGACGGCAAACAGUGACAGCUUCAACAUGUCCGACUCCACCAUGCUCACCCCGCCCUCCAGCCCGCCACCACCUGUGCCUAGUAAUCAGUCUCCAGCUAUGUUCAGGCUGCAGAAACACCAGGUGUCCUGGUGCAACGGGACGGAAAAACAUACCCCCGAGAAUGCCAAAGAGCCGGCCAAAAUCAAGAGUCCCGUUCCGGCGCCGAGGACACAAUUGAGCCCUGUGUCCGUGCCCAAACCUGCACCCAGGAAAGUAAUCUCGCCUCAGGCUGAAACGGCUCCAGUGGUCGUCAUGAGGGAGAAGAAGAAGAAGCCACGGCCGCAGGAGGUGAGGAAGUCGUUUGUGGAGACGGUGGAGGAGAUUCCGUUUGCAGAUGACGUGGAGGAGUCCUACGAUGAGCGGACGCCAGAAACGAGCAUGAACAGGUACUACACCCCCCCCACCAGCAAGCCAAACCGGGACAGACCUCCCCUGCAUCUGGCUCUAGCGAUGGAAAACGGUAAACCGAACAUCCCUGGAAAUGAAGCUUUUAAGUCACAGAGGGCAACUCAAUUCUCCCCGGAGGCUAAGGAGAUCGCCGAGGAGAGAAUGAAGGCCAGAGAGAAGUCGGUGAAGAGCCAGGCACUAAAAGACGCCAUGACCAAGCAGCUAAACAAGAUGAAAGAAUCUGACACAGACAAGGGGGCGGCACCUAAAGUGGCCUUGGGCGUAACCUCAGAGGGUAAAAAGUCAACAGGAUCUCCGAAGACAUCAGCCGUGAAAGCUCUGGAGUCAAAGAAGGCCGAGACUUUACCGGAGCGCUUCUUCAGCAGCAACAAGAGUCUGGACAGCUCGGUGGCCUCGUCAGACGGCUCGAGCUCAGGCAAGAGCAAGAAGAGAAGUUCCCUCUUCUCACCACGCAAGAACAAGAAGGAGAAAAAGGCCAAGAACGACAGCAGCAGACUGCCCGGCACCGAUGAGACACCGCCCAAACACAAGUCGCUGUGGAAGGCCGUCUUCUCGGGGUACAAGAAGGACAAAAAGAAGAAGGAUGACAAAUCGUGUCCCAGCACACCGUCCUCAAGCUCCACCACUCAGGACUCUGGGAAGAAGAAAGCCUCACCUACUGGGAAAUCAUCAGACUUGAAAUCCCGCAGAAACCUGAGCUUCUCUGAGGACUCGGACCUUUCCUGUGAUGAUGUUCUGGAGCGGUCCUCGCAGAAAUCAAAGGCAGAUUCUUUAUAUGUCCCUCACGCACUGGCGUUCAAGAGAUCGUACGCCACAAAGAAAACCUACACAGAGGAAGAACUGAAUGCCAAGCUGACCCGAAAGGUCCAGAAAGCUGCACGGCGGCAAGCCAAGCAGGAAGAACUGAAGAGGCUGCACAGAGCUCAGAUCAUCCAGAGACAGUUGGAGCAGGUGGAGGAGAAGCAGAGGCAGCUGGAGGAGAGGGGCGUAGCUGUGGAGAAAGCUUUGAGAGGAGAAGCAGGAUUGUAUAAAGGUACUUAUACAUUACCCAAACAGCACAAAAGAAGAUCAGACUAUUGGGGAGAUUCUAAUUACAGUGAAAUCCUGGACUUGCAUCUGGGCGGCAUGGGCAAGAAGGACGACCCCAAGUUAAUGCAGGAGUGGUUCAAGCUGGUGCAGGAGAAAAAUGCCCUGGUCCGCUAUGAGUCAGAACUUAUGAUAUUCGCCAGAGAGCUGGAGCUGGAGGACCGACAGAGCCGACUGCAGCAGGAGCUCAGGGAGCGCAUGGCUGUGGAAGACCACCUGAAGACGGAGAAGGAGCUGAAUCAAGAGAAGCAGAUCCUAAAUGAGAUGCUGGAGGUGGUGGAGCAGCGUGACGCCCUGGUGGCGCUCCUCGAUGAGCAGAGGCUGCGGGAGAAGGAGGAGGACAAGGACCUGGAGUCUGUUAUGCUCUCCAAAGGCUUCAAUCUCAACUGGGCUUAAGAGGAGAGAAAUAAUUGCUCAUCAAGUCCCGGAGAAAUGUCUGAGGCGGUCUCUGCCUCUCAUGGUCAUCUCUGAUCAGAGUACUCUGCUGAACACCUGCAGCAGUGAAUGUGUAAAGACUCCCCCGACACACGCUAAAACACUUCGGCUGCCUCUGACAUCGAAGCGGUCCGCGACGUUUACAUAUCCUAAGCCCAAAGGCAGUCCCACGUUAAUCACUUUGCAGUUUUGCUUGCUCUCUCUCUCUCUGAGGGGAGUACAUUCACAGCUUUAUCAUCCCAGCCUUCAAGUGGAUCCUCUCAAAAAAAAAAGGGAGGCCUUUGGGAGAAUGUUUGAAAGACUUGUUUCAUUCUCGAUUAUCUAAAGGGAAGAAUGCAGUUUGGUCCUGCUGAUGUAAAGGAAUUGUAAAGAAUUGUUUUGUGUAUAGUUGUGUAGAACAAGUCACAUAUUCGGCAGAUAAGGGUGCUUUCUUUUUUUCUGAAAAAGGACUGCUACAGAUGAGUGUUUACAGUACGUGCUGGAGGGAAGUCACCGGGGUCAAUCUUCUUUUCAGUCUGACUGUAGGACGGACAUCCUCUGCUGAAGCUGCCUUUCUAUCCAGUGACAAACUGACUCCUUGUGAACCAUAAAGACACCCCCCCCCCCCCCUCACAGUGUUCUCAUGAGUCAACACUAACAGUCCAUUAAAUAUGGCCAUGGGUUUUAUGUAUUUAUUAUCUUGGUUUGCUUUUAACACAUAAACCUUUUUGUUUUUGCAUUCACAGGAGAGUGCCCAGAAUCUCAUUAUCGAGCACUUGUGCAUGACUCAGACGCUCCCAUAAGCCAUUGCAUGUCAGGAAUGAAGGCUGCAGGCACAUAGUAGAACUAUUUGUUAAGCUAGAAAAACAGAAUUAUAUAUAAACACUUAAGCAUUUCACACGAGUCAACAAUGAUGGGCCUCUCCUUGACAUGCCACUCACUGCAUAUCACGCUCACGGUUUACAAAUAUGUUUUCUCGCUUUGGUAAACAACAGUGAGGUAAAACAACUGUUGAAAUAAUCCAUCUUUUGAAGGAUCUGUCGAUUCAUUUUCAGAUGUGUUUCCGACCUUGUGUGUUAUCAUAAAUGAAGCCGGUUUCACAGUUCUUAAUGGGAGAUCCGCGUAGCUUACAAUACUCAUUUUGUGCCACAGGACUGUCUCUGAUGGUGGAUAUGCUGCAAUAUCUGAAGAGUACACCACGAGGACUUACACACCACUCACAUCAGUAAACAGCAGUGUUACUUUACUCUUGAACAAGAUGCCUUUUUCAUUUUUAUUCUCCUCACUUAAGUUAUAUUUUAUUUUUCUGACGACGUUUUUGAGGUAGUCACAUAUGUGUAUCCCACUGGAACUCAAGACUUUUUAUUUCUCAAAUAAUUUCAUACAGCAGGUCCCCAAACAUACUAACUGAUUUUAAACAGGGGGGCAUGAAGAAGUGCUUUAUGAGCAACUUGCAUUAAACAGAACCGUUAUGGUCCGUUAUAUCUAGUGGGCAGUCAAAUCUAAUAGCCUUCUUGACAACUGUAAACAAUCCAGAUGGUCACUGUUUUACAGCACAGAAACACUAGAGGCUAUAUUUAUGACUUGGUAUGAGCUGUGAAUAAAAAACUAAGUGAGAUCAUUUUAAGGGUUGUUGUUUUAGAUGGUGUGUGAUAAGUUUGACAUGAUUGUAUUGAUAUUUAUUAACAAGUGUGCAAACUGUAUUAUAUGUAAAGAAAAAUGAAUCCUAAUUUUUAAACUGUUCUGUUGACACAUGACUUGUAAUGUAAAUGCUUCAUGUAGCUAAAAUGCAUAGAGGUGUUGGAUGUAUGCUGAAACGGCAAUAAAACAAUGCAGUUGUUCUUUUAAA